GGCUAGGUUCCUGAUUAUUCUAUCACCCUAGCUCUUGGAGCAAGUUUUCUGCUUUAUGCGAUUGAGGUAAGUAAAUUUAUGGUUAUGCCGUACAGUUUUUAAAAGCAUGUUUUGACUUGUUUUUGAAGUGGUGGCGGAACUAAACCCGUUUUAUACAAAAGUAAGUAUGAUUGAUUUGAAAUGAAAUUUUUAUGCUUUUCAUUAAAUUGAGCAUGCCUACUUGAAAUUUAAUUGAUUGUCCUGAUGAUCUGAAAGUGAUUGGUGAAUUAUGGUUUUUCUGUUAACUUCUACCUGUUUUGUCUCCGAUGUGGUCAUGUUAUUAGUGACCCUGCUAGUGGGGGAGUUUAUAAACGCUAGCACAUGUCGACAUAUUAGUGAUAGUACCAGUUCGUUCGAGUAACCCUGCUAGUGGGGGUUAUACACCAGCAAAUAGUGCGUCUGCCAGUGGGUGGUUUAUAACAUUGGCCAUGACCUAUAGAGGAGACGUCUAUUUCGUUUCCGUACUGUAUCCGUUUUUCGUGAUUACAUUUGUUGGCAUGCUAUAAGUUUAAUAAGGGGCACUCCAUAUUUUACUUACUGAGUUUAUCUCAUAGUUUUCCUUGUCCACCAUUUUAGGUAGUGAGACCCGAUGCAUGGGGAGUCCGGGAGAGUGACGAGCUAGACGGCUAAGCACUUUUGGACUUAGAUUUUUUUGUAGUUAGGCCAUUAGUCACCCAUGCUUGACUUAGAAAUUUUUGUGUACAGAACUUCUUUAAUUUUAGUCAUGAUCGUAUAUAUGAAGUUAUAAAUUUUGUACAUCUUG